UCUAAUGUUGGCAGUAGAAAAAUAUGAAAACAGAAAUUCCUGACGUUUUCUUCCAACAAUAAUAUUGUUAUAAACAAUGGCAUGGUUACAAAAUUUAGCAGGGAAAGCCGAAAAUUUGCUUGUAAAGUUCGACGAAAAUGCCGCAAACGUGUUUAAUGAAUCAAACCUCAAACACUUGGGGUUGGAAUCUCCACAUUUUGAAUCAUCCAAGAAUGUGGAUAGUACUGCCGAAGUCUCAAUCACAAUUGAUAAGAAUCCAAGUAAUGUACAAAGUAGCACAAAUGAAUACGGGCUGUCACAAUUAGGCGACAUUGUUAAGGUUGUCAAUGAGAAGACGUGCCCUUCGGAUGGUGAAGAUUCAGGAGUGUUACACAAUAAACCAGAAACACCAUCGCCUACAUCUCACGUGAUGUCCGCCGAUACUUCUAGGAAAGAGCUGAAGAGUGAAGGCUCAGCAGUAUCGUCUAAAUCUGGAUCGUUACAAAAUAGCUUUAUAUUUAUGGACGACACGCUUAUCAAAUAUGAGGAUAAAAUUGGCAAACUCGAACAUGAGAACGAGGAAUUAAAUCAGCAGCUAAUAAAUAUGCGGCAUAUGUAUUGUGAAUUGCAGAACGAAAAUUCGAACUUGCAAAGUCAGCUUGAGAGAACUAGUGAAACAUUACUCGCCACCCAAUCGGAGAUGGAACAGUAUCGUGCUAGAGCUCAACGAAUUUUGCAGGAGAAAGAAAAGCUCAUAAGACUGAAACAAGAUGAUCCCGGUGAAACUAACGAACUGAUUUUUAAUAAUUAUAAUGAGGAGUUAAGAAAAGAGUUAAAAUUUCAAGAAGAAAAGAAUUUUGAACUAGCUGACAAAUUAUCAAAAGUUAACCACGAGUUGACUCUCCUGCAACAAAAUUUUAUUCUCACCCAAAAGGAAAGUCAUACAGCAAAACAAGUCCUCCAAGAUUCAUUAAUGCGCGAAAAGAAGAUACGAUCAGUCGCCGACGAGGAGUGUAGGGCGAAGUCAAAAGAACUGCAGAGUAGGUUACAAGAAAUUGGCCAUCAAAAUAGUAUUAUAGCCAGUAAAUCGCAAAAGAUACUUCAACUCGAAGCGCAGUUGAAACAAAAGUAUAAUCCGGGCAUUGGUUCUGAGGUUGAAGAACGUAUACAAAGCCUGACACAGACUUUAAUGUCGAAACAAAGUAGUUUAGAAACUGUAAUGUCCGAGCGAAAUGCGCUGAGAUUACAAUUACAGAAAUUAGAGAAUGAGUACCAAAGAUCUCAAUCUCAACGAACUGUAGUAAGAAGCAGUCACCUAACUGAUGCAGACGAAGGUAAAACGCCAGUUCCUCAAUUUUUCCAAUUAUCUCCCUUCGAUAUUGGAGUCACUAGGAAAGUAAAACGUGCAUAUUCAACCUUAGACGCAAUUAGUAUACGGGUAGGAGUCUUCUUAAGAAGAUAUCCAAUAGCGCGUCUAUUUGUAUUUUGUUAUAUUGUCAUGUUACAUAUCUGGGUAUUAUUUAUUCUGUUCACCUACAUUCCUUCGACAACUCGUUAAUUUUUCUAAGUUAUGUUUCAUGUAUAUUUUUAUUGAUAUUUCAUUUAAACAAAUAUAAUAUAUAUUCAGAG